AUGAAAUUUCAUAAAAGAAAAAAAGUACAUAAAAAAAGCAGAAACAAUAAUAUCAAUCAUACAAAAGAUAUUAAUGAUUCUGAAAUAGAAUCAGAUGAUAUAUUAUCAUCAGUAGCCUCAGAUGAGAAUAAUUUGGCUCUUUUAAAUAAAAGAAAAAAAUUAAAUGAUGCAAUAAAUGAUGAUAUAAGCCAUGAUGAUGUAACUGAUAAUGAUGAUUCUAAUGAUGAUAAAAAUGAAGAUAUUUUUAACAAUCCAGAGGAGAGAAAAAUAUAUUUAGCUAAAAAAUAUCUAAAAGAUUUAGGUGUUCAAAGUUCAGAUGGAGAAAAUUCUUCAGAGACAUCGUUAAACAAUGAAGAUGAACAAAAAUCAAGUAAAUUAAGUGAUGAUGACUUUUCUUCUGAUGAAAAUGAAGAAAAAAAAAAAAAAAUAAGUAAAAUGUUGAUGGAAAAAGAAAAAUCAAAAAAUCGCAAGUCUCUUUUAAAUUUAGGAAAUAAAAUAAAAUUAUUUUAUGAUGAAAAAUUAUCCACAAAAUUAUUAAAUAGCAAUAAAAAAGAUACAAAAAAUAGCAACAUAUUAAAUAAUAAAAUUGAUGAAAAUGUCAUAUUUUUUCGUGGUCACAAGAAAAGUGUUACUUGUGUUGCAUGUCCAGAUUAUAAUUUAUCUUUUAUGGAUCAAUAUGACUAUACAUAUAAUAAAUAUAAAGGAUAUAAUAAUGGAAAAUUUUAUGAACAUGAUGAUAAUGCUGAAAAUUAUUCCAUGGGAUGGUAUAAUAGUAAUAAUAAUGAUAGCGAUGUAAACUAUAAAGAAAAAAUUAUUGAACCUAAAAUAUUUGAAAAUACAUCAAUUAGUACAAUUUAUACUGGUGGUAAAGAUGCUUGUAUUAUUGAAUGGGAUUUAAUUAAAGGAGAAAAGGUUCAUAUUUAUAAAGGAUACUCAAAUUCUUUUGUAGAAUAUGGGAAUAAAGGUAUAAAUCAUUUUAAGAGCGUGAUGGAUAUUUAUUGUCAUAAAUUUAAUUCCUUUUUUAUAUCUGUUGGUUCAGAUAAUUUAAUAAAUGUAUGGGAUAACAGAAUAAAGAAGAAAUGCACAAAUUCAAUUGUUGGUCAUAAAAAUAUUAUAAGUGGAAUAAUUGGAUGCAAUGAAACUACUGAUGAAUUAAAUAUAGAUCAUAACUUUUUUACAUCAUCUUAUGAUAAAACAAUUAAAUUAUGGGAUUUACGAUUCUUUGAUAAAUGUUUAAAUACCUAUUUAGGUCAUACCAAUAAUAUUUUGAGUAUGAAUUCCAUAUGUCAAAAUAAAUUAGUAACUAGUUCUAGCGAUUAUACAUUACGUGUAUGGAAUACAAAAAAUGAUAAUCACAUUUUGUAUAGUAUAAAUUACGAAAUUAUCGAAUCUUGUUGUACACUUAAUAAUAAAAUAUUUAUUGCUGGAACAUUUUCUGGUCAUAUUUAUAUUUUUACAUCUUCAUAUAAAAAACCUAUUUACAUACAAAAAAAUGCUCACAAUGCAUCUUCAAUAACAGCCCUUAUAAGUAUUCCUUUCACGAAUAUAUUUAUUUCUGGAUCUUAUGAUGGAUAUGUUCAUUUUUGGGAAUAUAAAAAUAUUAACAAAAUAGUUGGAAAUGUUAAUAAAAUUAUGACUGUUCAAAUAUAUGGUACUGUUAAUAAAUUUUCAUUUUCACACAAUUAUAAAUAUUUAUUUGUAGCUGUUGGUAAUGAAAUGAAACAUGGUAUUUGGACAAGAACAAAAAACAAAAAUGGAUUAGCUAUUAUACCCCUACAUUUUUUAUCCUAA